CUAACAAUGGCAUCCACACUGAAUGUGAAAGAAGCCACUGGCAACCAAAGUUCAUGGGAUACUUUGCUACCAGAUUUCCCUAAAGGACCACUUUGCAGAUAUCGUCAGAAAGCUUCCUUCAACUGGAAGGAGAUGGCAAUGUUCUUAUAUGGUGAAGACAUCAUCCGUUUUAAGAACAGAAUCUUCUCUGCUCUGGAAAGUGAUCCUCUUUUUGCACAUCAUCCUGGAGAAGAUUUGUGUCGUGAGAAGUACCAGGAGCUGACAUUCCUGCGCUGUAAAAGGCUUUUUGAGUAUGAGUUUCUUACUCAGCAAGAGAUCAUAGAGAACCCAGUAAAGACCUGUCACCUGUCGACCUGUAUUGGAAUGUACGAUUGGUCUCUGUCUCUCCAGUAUUUCUUACAUUGUGGUGUAUUCGGAGGUUCAAUUUUGAGUGCUUAUAUGAGGUUUGCAGACAUUCUGAAACAGGUUCAUAACAUGGAGAUAUUUGGAUGCUUUGCCCUGACUGAACUCAGCCAUGGAACUAACACCAAAGGCAUACGAACUACUGCCACGUUUGAUCCUAGCACUCAGGAGUUUAUCAUCAAUACUCCUGACUUUGAAGCUGCAAAAUUCUGGGUUGGUAAUAUGGGGAAACAUGCCACUCAUGCAGUUGUGUACGCCCAGCUCUAUACCCCUGAUGGACAAUGUCAAGGAUUGCAUUCCUUUCUUGUACAGAUUCGAGAUACAAAAACUCUCCUGCCAAUGCCAGGUGUGAUGGUAGGUGACAUAGGAAAGAAAAUUGGCCUGAAUGGAUUGGAUAAUGGAUUUGCCAUGUUCCACAAUGUCAGGAUACCUAAAGAAAACAUAGUGAAUACAGCUGGAGAUAUCACAGCUGAGGGGAAGUACUCAAGUUCAGUCAAGGAUGUUAAAGCACGUUUUAGUGCAGCUCUGGGAUCCUUGUCAACUGGCAGAAUUAUGAUCACGACCAUGUCCUCAACCAAUUUAAAGCUUGUUUUAUCAAUAGCCAUUCGCUUCUCUGCAGUUCGCCAUCAGUUUGGACCAACUGAUGAUGAAGAAAUACCUAUUCUUGAAUACCAAACACAGCAAUGGCGUCUUCUUCCUUACCUGGCUGCUACAUAUGCCUUAGAUUAUUUCUCCCUGUCACUGUUUGAGAACUACAUAGAAUUUUAUGCAGGCUUAUUGACAAAGCAAAGGAGUCAGAGGCAGGCUGAACUGGGACGUGAGAUUCAUGCUUUAUCUGCUGCCAGCAAACCACUGGCUUCUUGGACUGCUCAGCAGGCAGCCCAGGAGUGCCGAGAAGCUUGUGGAGGACAUGGUUACCUUGCCAUGAAUCGUCUGGGUGAAAUCCGAAAUGACAAUGAUCCAAACUGCACAUAUGAGGGAGAUAACAACGUCCUGCUUCAGCAAACCAGCAACUACUUAAUGAGCUGGAUGAAAUGCAUAAAAGAUAAAGCUCCUUUGGAAUCCCCUUUUGGAACAAUAAACUUUUUGCAAGACUAUCAUCGUAUCUCUCGCUGGAAAUUCACAGCCAUUACUGUUGAAGACUGCAUGGACUCCUCAGUUCCUUUAGCAGCAUAUAAAUGGCUGGUUUGCUACCUGCUCCGAGAAAGUGACCUAAAGCUGAGCAAAGAGAAGCAGUCUGGGCAAAGUGAUUUUGAGGCAAAAAACAACUGUCAGGUGUACCACUGCCGAUCAUUAGCCAUUGCUUUUAUUGAACACACAGUCUUGCAGAGAUACCAUGACUACACUCACGAGCCCAGCAUACCAUCUACUCUGCAGCCAGUGCUUAAGAAUCUCAGUGCUCUGUACGGACUCUGGUCUUUAAGUAAACAUCUGGCUGUGCUUUACCAAGGUGGCUAUGCUUCAGGUGAACACGCUGGUAAAUUCAUUCAGAAUGCUAUUCUGGAGCUCUGCUACAGGUUAAAGGAUGAUGCAGUUGCUCUCGUUGAUGUCUUUGCUCCUCCUGAUUUUAUUCUCAACUCUCCCAUUGGUGCAGCUACUGGAGAGUUAUAUAAAAAUAUAUGGGGAGAGAUGCUUCAAGGCAGCAAAGCUCUGAACAGACCUUCAUGGUGGGCAGAAUUUUGUAUUAGUAAACCUGUUACAGGCAGAUUGAGGUCAAGACUGUAA